GACACAACACAGCAGCAUGGCCAGCAAGCUCAUUAUCUUCGCCGUGGUGGUGGCGGCAGCACACGCCGGCUACCUGGGCGCCCCCGCCGUCUACGCCCCCGGUGCACCUCUCGCUGCCCGAGCCUACGCCGCCCCCGCCUACGCCGCCCCCGCCUACGCAGCCCCCAUCGCUCGUUACGCCGCCCCCGUCGCUAGGGCCUACGCCGCCCCUGUCGCCAGGGCCUACGCCCCAGCUGUCGCCGCCGCCCCCGCCGCCGUCGCUGCCGAGUACGACCCGCACCCCGAGUACAGCUUUGCGUACAACGUGCAGGACGCCCUCACAGGUGACUCCAAGACCCAGCACGAGAGCCGCAGCGGCGACGUCGUCCAGGGCAGCUACAGCCUGGCCGAACCCGACGGCUCCAUCCGCACCGUCGACUACACUGCCGACCCCGUCAACGGCUUCAACGCCGUCGUGCACAAGGAGGCCGGCGCCCACCCCGCCGCCGCCGCCCCUGUCGCCGUCGCCCACGCCCCCGUUGCCGUCGCCGCCCCCGCCAGGGCUUACGCCGCUCCCAUCGCCAGGGCUGCCUACGCCGCCCCCCUCGCUAGGGCUGCGUAUGCCCCUGCUCUGGCCUAUGGUGGUGCCUACCACGGUUGAUUUCUGAUAUAAUUAUGUUCCUUCGCUGUCAUUUUGUACAAAUGUAUGUAGUCAUAACUGCACUUCAAUACAUACACAUUAAUAACUAA